AGGGUGUUUAUUCACCUCGGAAGCUCCAUUAACAGACACAUUCCUUAGGAAACAUUGUAUGGCAAUGAAGAGUAAAGUGUUGACACCACUGGUCCAAGAAAGUAGAGUUGCAGGAGAGGUUAAUGAAGUUGUAACAUUGAAAGUUUAUGUUAGAAAGUCAGACAAAGCAAUUCUUUAUGCUGAAUGCAGAGAAGAGUUUGUUGAUUUUCUUUUCACUUUUCUUGUUAUACCACUUGAGUUUGCUUGGGAACUCUCUGUUGAUCACUUGAACAUGGGAUGCGUUGGGAAUCUAUGCAGAAGCGUGAAAGAGUUGAGCUCUGAUCAGAGAAGAGAAGCCAUGCUUCCUUAUUACUACACUUGUCGUACACAGCUUCUUGAUGUUGUUAUCCAGAAAUUGCCGGAGUAUGAGUGCUUUGUCUCUCGUCGCAGUUAUAACAGUAGCAGACUCUCCAAAACCAUCAAGAAGAGUGUGCUUGGGGACGGUGAGAGAGUUGCAAAGUUAACUCCAGUGGUGACUUCAGAUUCUGCUAGUAUUGGACUUGUCAAAGAAGAGACUAACUUCAUAGUUUCAGAUGAUCUAGUCGUCACAGCGAUGAACUCAUCCUCAACAAUCUCAUUGCUAAGUAAGUUGCAGAUGAAUAUUAGUGAUAUAGAGGAGCAAGUGAUUAGCAUUGGCAAAGCUCAGGUAUGAUACUUUUCUUUACUUCUUUUUUACUCUUUUUGGUUUGUAAAGAAAAUCUUGA